UGUCCAAGAUAAAGAGCAUACACACGACUAUAAAUUGCUGGGCAAAUAGCACCUCAGUACUGUAGGCCGACCCACUACCCAAGUUCAUAUAUGGCUCGUCACACCACUCGCGACUCCGAAGAUUCAGCCUUCCCCCAACUUCAAGGACCCGUAUUCAUGAGGCGGCCUUCGCAGGCCUCCAUAGACCACCUGUCCAACCCCCGGCUUCCUGCACGCUAUCUCCAAGCAGCGUUGAAAAUGAACUCCCAAAUAUGCUGCAAGACACAAAGAAUAAUUAGAGACUUAGCUCUUCGUCAUAUCGAUUUUUCGAUACCGUAUCUGGAGCAGUCUCAAUCACAGAUAGAAUUUUUUAAGAGAGAGGUCCUACUCGACAUGAAGCUGUCGCACCUGAUAUGGUACCAAGAUGCUUGGGUAGUUGAAGUGUUCCUUCGCAUAAUAUACCAUCGCCCGAGAAUCAUGAAAAACUUUCAGCAACUGGACUCCGAGCUUCAAAUUACACAGCAUGACCAUCCUUGUCAGAGACAAUCAAACGUUCGCUCUAUCAAUCUAGCUACUCAGCCUGAAGAUGUACAGCAUGACCGUCCGCAUCAAAUGUCAUUCACCGUUUGCUCUAAUAAUCAGGCUACUCACUGGCAGCCUGAGGAUGUACAGGUUCUUCCCUAUUCUACUGACAAUUAUGCUCAAGGUCGUCUAACAUACAUGUUAUAGCAUGACUUUGUUUGCUCUGAUAAUCGGGCUACCCCACCUAAGGAUGAUCAGGUGAACACGGUUCAAGGCGGCGGUUCCUCGGGCACAGCGUCAUGUCUAGUUCUGUUGUCAACCCUCCUGGCUUCAAUGCCAGGUUUGCACCGCUUCCAUGCGAUAAUCAUGGAAGCCGGCCUGUCCACUGACCAACACUUGCAACAUUUCUUCCGAAUGACAUCUACGGGGAGGGAGAAAUUCAUCACACAAGCACUCACGGAGACCUCUAGCCUGUUUGAACGAGUUGUGAUCAUGGAUAUUCUAGAAGAAUUAAGGAACGACAUUCUAGUUGGUACUGUAGAGCUACGACACUAGGUUCGUCACGUGCAGCGUGUGAUUAUGUCAUACUCAGUGUCACUG